AUGAGCUCUACCAGCACCUCAGUCACCGAGGCCUCAUACGAGGAAGCCCCAGCCCCAGAUAGCACUGACUCCAAUGUCCGUUACGCAGCUUACGCAAGUAGGUUGAGAACUAUUGCAAUGGCAUCGCACAGAUACGUUGCUUACACCUCCGAUGUGGGCGAAUCGUUCCGUCCUGUGUUUUCCCCAGUGUUUGUGAAGCUCGGUUACGGCAUUUCGUGGGCUUACAUCUUGGGAGACGUCUCCUACACCUCCUGGGUUGCCAAAUUGAGAAAGGAAGGCAGAUACAGAGCUGGCUUGAAACCAUGGGACGAAAUCCCAGCUGCAGACCCCAAACUGGUGGAAAGCGGCGAACUGGCCCACUUACCAGACUGGAAGAUGGUGGGGCUCGAGAGAAUGAUAUUUCAGAGCGUGGCGUCAAUGGGUUUGCCUGCGUUCACGAUUCAUAGCACAGUGAAAUAUUCGGGAACGUGGUUCAACAAGCAGUUUCCAAAAAAUGCGGCUUUGAGAACGUGGGGUCCAAUAGCUCUCGGUUUGAGUGUGGUUCCUGUUCUGCCAUACCUUUUCGAUAAACCUAUAGAGCAUUUGCUAGACCAAGUUUUCCAAAACAACAGUCACGGUAAGCAAGAGUAG